AUGAGGGACGCCAACAGCUGGUCUCCGCGUAACCUCUACAACCUCUGGAGGCGGUCCUGUGGUGUCGAGGCCGAGGCCAUUGACUUCACUCACUCGCCUAAGAUGCUGUUUCAACAGCGUUGGAUCUCGAAAGCACUCGUACGUGUGUACCACGGCGACUUCGUCAACAAGAAAAUCUUCAAGCGAUGGUAUCUCCCCGACACACUUCCCGAUGUGCGUGCGACCCUCGUCAGCAUGCGCCCUCUAAGUGAUGAUGAUCUCGACGCAUUCGCUGGGUGUACCGAACAUUUGGAGAGAAGGAAGAAGAAAGCAUAUGACGAGCAAAGGAAAGGCUUGGCUCCUGUGGGCAGCUUAAUGCUUGCCGAGGCGGAGCGGCGCAUCGACGUGUUCAUCUUUCGGUGCUACUUCGCCCAUAGUGUCUAUGAGGCACGGAGACUCGUCGUUCAUGGAUCCAUCCUGCUAAAUGGCAAAAAGCAUACGAAUGCCAACGCACGUCUAGCCCCAGGCGAGAUGAUCUCCGUUGACCCUGCAGCCAUUCCUUUCCUCCAGCCUGGGUCUACUAAGUCCUCGUUGACGCCUUUCAACCUUCCUCCAUAUGCAUCUCCCUUCAUUCCUGCCUACGCAGAGGUCUUCUUCCCCACCUGCAGUGCCGUCUACGUGCGCCACCCAACGGCACGCCCAGGAUACAGUAAAAUUUCAACACCUUACGACGCCGAUCGCGAAGUUAUUCGGCUCGCAUGGGAAUGGUACUCAAAUAUGCGUCCAAGGACGAGGAGUAAGAACCAGAUGACGAGGGAGCCAGAGAACAGAUCGAAAACGCAGCUCCACCUGCGCCGCCCACUUUAG